AGGGUUCAUUCAAAUAUUACGUAACGCAAAAUAUGACAAUUUUAGACCCCCUCCCUCCCCCACGUAACAACUUUUGUAUGGAAGAUUUUGAAAUUUUGUAUGAAGCGUAACACAGUGCUAGACCCCCUCCCUCCCCUCAUUGCGUUACGUAAUAUUUGAAUGAACCCUAAAUCGCUCUGCUCUCCUCGUCGAACCAAUCGUUCCGUCGACCCCUUUCAACGUACCCGAUGGACGAUAGUGCUAUCGCCUGCGUCGUUGAAGACUGCUUUUUCUGGACUUCAGCAGUCCUCUAGAGGGUCGACAACGAGCUCACCCUCGUCUGGCAACAGGGCAUCGAGAUUCAGCGCGAAGGCCGUCGGUACUGUACAUUGUUGAUUACAGAGAGUAUUGUGCACAGUUUGACCAUCACCAGAGUCGAUGUUAGUGUCGAUAAUGUCGGAAAAUUGUCGUUCAUCAAUCAAAACGAUUCCGUCUGUUGUUGUAGUGAUCUUCAGUUGCAACGGAGAGGUUGUGUUGGAAUAAGAUGAUACGUAUAGCAACUUUCUUCCCUCUUUAUGGCACAAACCUGUUUGGUCCAUAUUUGAGCAACUUUCUUGAAGGAGUCAAAAUCAAUGAGGGUUUAGCCGUUGUCAUUUGUCCGAAUUCCUCCUCUUGGACUUACCAAACCAUUUGAAAAAGUCCCUAGAUUAAAGCGUUCGCGAAUCCAACCUAGACAUGCUGAAUUACAUGCUCGCUUGCCGCUUCCACUGAAUGGGUCAGUUGUGCUACCUACAAGAAAAUGUUUGAAAGAAGGUAGUUGCAUCCUGGUUGCAUCCAAGAGAACGAGUCCAUCCCCGGGAGAUAAGGAGCAUGCAUUCAUUUCACCCCCACUUGCAACCCUUACGACUUUCUAUGACGCUUAACAUUUUAUCUCCCUUUUUACGGAUGCAACUCGGAUGUAUGUAUACAGAAAAAUAUGUUAUCGUUGGCACCCCCGGUAGCAAAAGGCACUAGUUCGUAUUGUACCGUCGGGCUUGAAGCAUCUAGCCGCCAAAAGGUUCUAGCUAGAGAGGUAACUGCUCAGCUCAUCCACCCGCGAAAAACCAUAUGCACAUCGAUUCGCCCUCGCUGGCUGUGCGGAGUUCGGAGUGCCGGUUCGUUCGUUCGCCGCCCAUUUCACAAAUGUAAUUAACUCGUGACGGUCGCGUGCCGGUCGCUUGUGUGUGCUGUGUGGUGCGGUGGGGAGGGGGAAGGGCGACCGAGGUGAUAUUGGCACAGGAGCAGAAGGAGCGGUUCGCCGGAAUUGGGGGUGGUUUUCACACAACAAUACGCGGUGUUUGUGCGUUUGGACGCGUAGCAGAAGUGCGCUCUUCAACCGAAGGGGGUGUUAAUCGAAUUUGAAAUUGGCUCGGUUUUUUUUUCGUUUUGUGGGAUGUGAAACCGUGAAGUGGAAUGUGAAACGGAAUGUGAUAAUUAACCGCGACACGGAAAAGUUCAAGAGGUCAUUUGUGUGCGCGAUGGAAGGCUAAAAAAUCAAUUAUUGUCCCACUUGACUAAUAAUAGCGGAAGCGGUCAAGUUUACCACCAAUGGACGCCUUUUGUGGAGUGUCGCCAACGAUGUGCUAAGCUUGUGUUUGCGCGCCAAAAUGAAACUUCCCGAAUGGAUGAAACGUGGCCCCAAAUCGAAUGUGGGCGUAAAAAGUCUGAAGAAGUCCGGUAGUGUUAACAGUGCUAGAAGUGCUCAUCGCCACAAAAGAAAAUCCAGCACAUCGUCCUCGAAGGGAAAACGAAAACGCAACUCGUACGUGUCGUCAUCAAUAACGACGAAGAAUUUCUACCCGGUUGAACAUUUCUUCAGGAAUACUCCGGCCGAUAACAACGGCUUUUACCACCAUCACCACCAGCAUGCAAGCACGCUUCCAGCCAACAUGAGUGGGUACAGCUAUCACAAUCAAUACUACCCACCGAAAGCGCCUGACGGUCGUCUCUACGGCAACAUGAUGCCUUCCACUACAUACGAGAAUCUGAAACCCGCGGAGUUAUCUAGACCUGUUUUGAACGGUGUCCCGUACAUGCACCACCAGCAGCAACAGCAUCGUGAUUUCCUCCACCAAAGCAAGCUCGAACAAAGACGUUUCAGCGAUUAUCAGCAGCAGCCGUUGGUGGGUGCAAAUCCGAUAUCAACCAUGACGAUAGAUCGACGACUGACGCCCACUUUUAGGGCGCCACAUGAAAGCCAUCUCGGCACGCUACCGCGGACAAAUCCGGUUGGUGCUGGUGGCGCUGCUGAUUAUUGGGACACGUGGAAGUACAACCAGCAACGAAAGUGGUCCUUCGCGUCCGAUAGACAGCAGCACCAUCGAUCCACCACGAUCCACGGCAAUCCGACGGCGAUGUCGGUGGUGGAAUUGGAACCCUCCGCUGCUGCUGCUGCUGCUGGGGCCCAGUUGAGUCAUAAGCAGAGACAAAUUAUCCCAACCGCGGCUACCGGAAUAUGUGUCAGCAGAAAUGACAGCUUCAGGCGGUACAAGAUACCUUCGCCCGCGGCUAUUUUAGAUAUGAUCAACGAUAAGUACAUAAGCAGCAAAAGGAAAUCGAAGGUACGUGUUGUGCUCUAGCGGGAGGGACUAAUGACUUGUAGCGCUUGUGAUUAGCACAGUUGGGGAGGGUUAAGUGAGAUAUAUUUUCUGUUUGGUUCGAUAGAUUAGGUAUUACGCAAGACAGUGCAUUAGGUUGAAGGGUUUCUGUCAAGUCUUCGGGUAAUCAAGGGAUUGAAGUA